ACGCAUUUUAUAUAUGUAUAGAUACAUAUUUCAAUUGAGGGAAACCUCAACUUUCAGUAGCGCUGUACAUGAGAGAGGUAUCAGACCUAUGUAAUUUAGUGCCGUGCCAAAAUGUUAACAUAAUAGCUGUAUACAUAUCAGUAUGUAUUUUGCCUGCGUGAUAUUAAUAAUGUCGAAAUCAUUUGAGGGAAAUAAACAGUUGGGAGAAACUUUAGAAAACAAUGCUGAAUUUAAGCAUUGUUCCUUAGAGUGAUAUAUUUAAGAAAAUGUUUCUCUGAUAUUUUGGUUACUACAACAUCACAAUAAAUGAAGCUGAAUUACAAGCAAUUGCCUAUUAAGGCACAUUAUUUCUUCUUUUUGGCAGCAAUGGGUCCAAUUCUUCCAUUUUUACCAGUUUAUGGUAAACAACUUGGUGUUUCUGCAUUAAUUAUGGGCAGCAUCACAGCUGUCUUACCAAUCUUAUUCUUAGUUGCUAAACCAAGUUUUGGCUUUCUUGUGGAUUAUUUUUAUGCUUGGAGAAAAAUAAUCUUUAUUAUAUUAUUAGCAACAACAAGUAGUUGCUUUAUUUGUAUGUACUUCUUACCAAUACUUUCAAGUCCUAUUUUUUCAGACCAUAGCUUUAAUAAUGUAUCCUGUGAUUUGUUAUCCUAUUGUAAACCAGAGGAUGUGUCUAAGGCACAUGAUCCCUGUACUGGAGUAAAGAAUACUAUGUGCCAUUGGUUUUGUACAAAUAAAAAUUUCUCUUUACAAAUACAAUUUCAAGUAAUCAAUGAGGAAAUAAGUUUUUCCUCAAAUUCCACGUGCUUAAUUGAUAAAAAUAGUACCUUAUAUUGCUCUAGACAUAAUAACUGCACUGUUACUUGUGAUAAUUCAAAUGAUAGCUAUUGUCUGUAUACAUCAAUUACUUUUUGGGGCUUCGUUCUGUUAAUGUCUCUUGGUAAUAUUGGUUUUAAUGUAAGCAAUUGCAUGAGUGAUGCAAUUUGUUUUGAUAUAUUAGGUGAGGGUGGUCAAAUGGGGUAUGGUAGACAACGUGUUUGGGGAACUAUAGGUUUUGGAAUUUCUGCCUUUUUAGCUGGUUAUGCAGUAGAUUACUGGUCUAAAGGAGAAAUUAUUAAAACAUAUACACCAGCAUUUUUACUUGUUUUUAUAUUCACAAUCAUUGAUCUAUUUUGUUGUAAAAAAUUAGAUCUGCCAAAAAUGACAGAAUCAACAAAUAUAUUGAAAGAUGUUGUGAAACUUUUAAAAUUGAAGCCUAUAAUGAUAUUUCUCUUUUUCGCAACAAUUGCCGGUAUUCUUGACAGCUUUAUAAUUUACUUUUUAUUUUGGUAUUUGGAAGAUCUUGCUAUGAUAACUGGCUGUAUGAGAGAAAUUAAAUUAAUAGAAGGUUUAAUCGUUGCCGCGGAAACUUUGGGCGGUGAAGUAAUUUUCUUUUCCUUGUCUGGUAAAAUCUUAAAGAAACUAGGAUUCGGAUAUACUUUUACAUUCUGUUUCAUAUGUUAUGCUUUACGACUUGGACUGAUUUCUUUAGCAUCGACUCCAUGGUGGGUAAUACCAAUAGAAUUGUUUAUGCAAGGGCCUACUUAUGCACUUUGUUACACAACAAUAGUCGCCUAUGCAAGUAAAGUGGCACCACCUGGUACAUCAGCCACUGUUCAAGGAAUCGUAGCUGGCAUGGAUGAUGGUUUUGGUUUUGCAAUUGGUAGCUUGAUAGGCGGUAUCCUAUACAAAUUAUACGGAGGCAUAAUAACGUUACGAAUAUUUUCAUCAAUUGCCGCUACAACAGCAUUUAUAUACCUCAUUUUAUAUCUUACAUACUUAAAAGAUGUGACACCAGAUACAAAGAAUAAUAUAGAAUGGAAAACACCCGAGGAAGCUCAAAGGAAAUGUACAGAGAGCUGAUAUAAAGAUAUGAAUCAAAAGAUACUUUUAAUACAAGUGAAUAUUGUUAUUGCUAAUUUGUUAUUGAUAUAUAACAUAAUGUUUUAUCAACAGAUUAUUUUAUUACAGUUUACAAAUUAUAAAUAAAGUUUAAUAUAUUCUUA